AAGAGAUGGAAGCAAGCUUAUAAAGAGGUUACAGUAGCUCCAAUAAGCCCUCAGCCUCACCCAGCAAUCCACGGCCAUGGCCUCCACUUCCAUAUUUUUUCUCUCUCUCUUCCUUCUCUGUCCACUGUUCGUUUCCUCGGCCACCCACUCCCCAGUCAACGUCUGGCCCAAACCAACUUCCUUCUCCUGGCCUCUCCCCCACGCCAUCCUCCUCUCCCCCAAUUUCACCGUCUCGCACCCCGCCCACCGCUACCUCUCCGCCGCCGUGGGGCGCUACCGCCUCCAGGUCCUGACGGAGCACCACCGCCCCCUGGUGGCACCCGCCGUCAACCUCACCGCAUGCCCGUCGCUGAAGAGCCUGAUCAUAGUCAUCAACGAUGUCGCCGCGCCGCUCCACAACGGCGUCAACGAGUCCUACACGCUCGCGAUUCCAGCCGGGGGUUCCGGAUCCUCCGCCGCCACUCUCGCUGCGGAGACGGCGUGGGGCGCCAUGAGAGGGCUCGAGACUUUCUCGCAGCUGGCGUGGGGCGACCCGACCCGGAUCGCGGCCGGGGUGUUCGUUGCGGACGCGCCGAUGUUCCCGCACAGGGGAGUGAUGCUGGACACGUCGAGGAAUUACUAUGGAGUGGGCGAUAUUGAGAGGACGAUUGGGGCGAUGAGUGGGAACAAGCUGAAUGUGUUCCACUGGCACAUCACGGACUCGCAUUCGUUCCCUCUGGUGAUGCCGUCGGAGCCGGAUUUGGCGGCGAAGGGGUCGUACGGCGCGGAAAUGCAGUACUCGCCGGAGGAUGUGAAGAGGAUUGUGGAGUUCGGGUUGGAACACGGGGUUCGGGUUUUGCCCGAGAUCGAUAUGCCAGGACAUACAGGAUCAUGGGCUGAAGCCUACCCAGAGAUUGUGGCAUGUGCAAAUAUGUUUUGGUGGCCUGCUGGAUCCCAGUGGUCUGACCGGCUUGCAUCUGAACCAGGAACUGGUCAUCUCAACCCCUUAAACCCCAAAACCUAUGAAGUCGUAAAAAAUGUCAUUCGUGAUGUUUCAACCAUGUUCCCGGAACCAUUCUACCAUUCAGGGGCCGAUGAGAUCAUUCCAGGUUGCUGGAAAGCUGAUCCAUCCAUUCAAACUUUCCUAGCAGACAAUGGAACCCUCAGUCAACUUCUUGAAAUGUUUGUUAACUCUACCUUACCUUAUAUUGUUUCCCUAAAUCGCACAGUGGUCUACUGGGAAGAUGUUUUAUUGGAUUCCGAAAUUAAUGUGAAUCCCUCCAUUCUUCCUCCUCGUAAUACCAUUCUACAGACCUGGAACAACGGCCCAAAUAACACUAAGAAAAUAGUUUCCUCUGGGUACCGAGCCAUUGUUUCAUCAGCAGACUUCUAUUAUCUGGAUUGUGGACAUGGAGAUUUCGUGGGGAAUAACAGUUUGUAUAAUCAGCCGCCAGGCACUGACCAAGGUGAUGGUGGAUCAUGGUGUGGGCCUUUUAAGACAUGGCAGACCAUAUAUAACUAUGAUAUAACAUAUGGUUUGAGCAAAGAGGAAGCCAGUUUGGUUUUAGGCGGGGAGGUGGCACUGUGGUCUGAGCAAGCUGACCCAACGGUUCUGGAUGCUAGGAUAUGGCCAAGAGCCUCAGCCAUGGCAGAGUCAUUAUGGUCAGGGAACCGCGACGCAACAGGCAUGAAAAGGUAUGCAGAGGCUACAGAUCGUUUAAAUGAGUGGAGGCAUAGGAUGUUUGCGAGGGGAGUUGGAGCUGAACCCAUUCAACCACUUUGGUGUGUGAGAAACCAUGGCAUGUGUAAUUACAGCUAAUUAAUCCAUUUUAGCUAUUUAUUCUUUGUUCCUAUAUAAUUGCUUUCGUAUAUCCUUCAUGAAUUGAAAAAUGAAAGACAUCAAGAGUGGUUGGUUUGUUUCUUGGAUUAUGCUGAAAUAAAAUUAUUAUGUUUUUCAUAUUAC